ACAGGCCAAGUAGAACACCGCAUCAUCAACCUUCAAAUCAUGAAGGUCUUUGCUGUUGCCUUGAUCGCCCUUCUCGUUGCUGGAGUGUUUAUGACCUCCAGCGCACAAGAAGAAGAGGACCAAGUGGCUCACGUUCGAGUUCGACGUGGUUUUGGGUGUCCCUUCGACCAAGGGGCGUGUCACAGGCACUGCCAGAGCAUCGGACGACGCGGAGGUUACUGCGCGGGAAUUAUCAAGCAGACGUGCACAUGCUACCACAACUAAAAAAAGACGACGCUGCUAUGCCAAACGAAAUGUGAGGAGGCGUGUUUACCGUCCUUGCGAUGGCCUUUUAAUAAACUCCUUACGUUGUUUCACAA